AUGGGUCAGCUUGCAGUGGAUCAUUUCAAAACCAUAUUAGCUCCUGCAGAUCACCACAAUUCACCCCUUGUGGAUUCGGCAAGUUCUUUCAAAGCUGCUUGGCAAACAGUGGGUCCAGAGGUCUUACAGUGGGUUUCUAACUUGUUCAUUCACGCUGACCUCAACAAUCCUCACUCUGGUUACAGGAGCUUCUUCAAUCUCAGACUACCGACCGAAUUUUAG